AUGAAAUACAAAGCCACUGUGCAGCAAUACAUAUUCGUUGAAAUAUUCUUUCAAUUGUGUUGUGAAGCAAGGAUUGACUACAGUUUGAAUUUUCGACUACAAAACGAAACCUUAUGCGAGCAGUUGCUUAUCGCCUCCUUAGAAAUAAAUAUGUGGAAAUUUUCUGAUUUGCCGACAGAUAAACAAACUGCAACACUGCUUACUGCGAUGCCGUGUACGGUCAGUGUUACUGAUGUUUCAAAAAUAAGUAAAGAAUUCUUGAAAGAUAUUCAACAAAAAAUGAGUAGAUUGGCAUACAUGUGCGAAGUUGAAUAUGAUAGUAUUGAGCUGUGUAAAGCAAUGAAUUCACUAUACAACAUGUGGAAAAGCAGCCCUCUGGAAGAAAUCGGAAACGAUACUUUAGUACGCAUUAAAAAUGCAAAAGAAAAAGUAUUGACUGAUGAAGAUGUUGAAAUUGUUAUUGAUUUUUUCCUCGAGAUGUAUAUAGAUCAGUUGUAUAGAUUUAUCCAGACAUCAUGCUUUAAAUAA